UUUGAUCGGAUCGAAAGCUGCUUCCUAACGAUGGAUCUCAUCCUUCAGUUACCUCUGCUAGGAUUUCUUCUGUUCUUGAUCGUGAUCCUUUACGUGAAGUUACUGCAAUGGAAGUAUCGCUAUGCCGAGAGUAUUCCGUUUAGAGGUUUUACGCGGUAUCCGUUGUUCAAAAAUGACUUCAAAUUGGUUUUUUCCAACUCGGUUGAGAAAUUUACGAUGUUUGCCGAGGGCUUUUCGGCUCCCGAUCGAAUCUCGAAGGCCUGGAUCGGACCAUUCAUGUUUUUCGGAACCAACCAUCCGGAUAUUGUGCAGGCUAUAGUGAAUGAUCCCAACUGUUUGAACAAACCGUUUUUGUACGACUUUUUGCGGAUGCAAAACAGUCUCCUGGGUGCUAAACAUGAUCGAUGGAAAGUGCAGCGGAAAUUGCUGAACCCUACGUUCAACUUGAGGAUCAUCCACAGCUUCGUCCCGAUCAUGGAACGAAGCUCUCGCAAGUUGGUGAGCACUUUGGGGAAAAUCAAGGGCACAUUCGACAUACAGGAGUACAUCAGCGGGUGCAGUUUGGAGACAACAGCUCACGCUGCUUUUGGAGAGAAUUCUCUCACCGAUCAACAGAUCCACGGACUGGUGACACAUCUGAAUCGAUACGCUACCCUAACCUCGCACCGGAUGCUACAGGCUCACCUCUAUCCGGACUUUCUCUACAAGUUCACGGAGAGGUUUAGACUGGAAAUGGAAUCUCUGAAAUUUGGUGAGACCAUAACUUAUGGGAUGUUGCAGAAGAGGAAAAAGGUUAUAGAGGUCAAACUUCGAAAGAACCAAGAAAAGGUUGAUGAGGACACGAUCAAAGUUCACAAGCCGGAAAUUUUUAUGGAUCAGAUGCUGAUGGUGGCCCAUUCGCUGACAGAUAAGGAAAUCGCCCACAACAUCUUGGUCGUACUCGUUGGGACAAGUGACACUACCGGCUAUACCUUAGCCUACGUCAGUCUGUUCAUGGGAAUGUUCCCACAUCACCAGGACCGGCUCUACCAGGAGGUCAUGGAGCACUUUCCCGAUGAAACGGAAUCAUUCGACAACGACAUUGAAUUUGUGAUAGCCCGCCUUAAGAAGCUGACCUUCAUGGAGAUGUUCCUAAACGAGACGAUGCGAGUUUGUCCGGUAGCGCCGUUGAUCGUGCGUCAAACCCACGGCCCCGUUAAGCUGGACGACGUCACCAUUCCGGAGGGUAACUUCCUGGCCAUUUCACUAUACGCCCUUCAUCGAAUUGCUGACUUCUGGGGUCCGGAUGCGGACCAAUUUGAUCCGGAACGGUUUUCUCCAGAGAGAUCGAAAGGUCGUCACCCGUACGCCUUUCUACCAUUCAGCGGAGGAUCGCGGAACUGCAUCGGAUCGCGCUACGCCAUGAUCAACAUGAAAAUUAUACUCGUCUUUCUGGUGCGGGCCUUCCGGUUUCAUACCGAGCUUCGCUUCAAAGAAAUGCGGCAUGAGUUCGGGGUCAGCUUGAAGCUUAACGGUGGACAUAUGGUUAGGCUUGAGCCUAGAUAGAGAUAGUUUCUUUAAGGUCCUAGGUUAAUAUUGCAAUCUUGCAGUUUCCUAUUUUCAGAA